CGUGUGCAGCCAAUCGUCAGUACAACCCCGCAAGACUACAACAAGGCUGGGAGUGGGAGGGAGGACUCGGGAAGCAAAACAUGGCGAAAUAACAAGUUUAGCUGUCGCCGCUUUUGGAACUGCACCGUGUCUUUAGUGUUGGAGUAUAACUACCAGUUCAUACAAAUCGGACGCGUUAGCACGAAGGCAACGCUUAACUUUAAAGAGUCGUUGGCCCCAAUUUAAGUAUUACGGCGGUGCCUCGCGAAAAAAAAAAUAAAAAAUAGUGCUCGUCUGCUUGCCUGCGCUUUUCCCCCCGGAAGGUUGUGGCGGUGCUAGGCGCGACUGUCAACAGAGAAAAUGGAUGAAGAAGGAAAGUUUAUUCUGGAAAAGACUAUUUAGCCGACUAGCUUAGCUACGUUAGCUAGCCAGUUAACGUGCGGUUGAUUGCACGCACCUGACUCGGUGUUCGGACGAACGUGCGCUCCGGGUCCAAACUGAGGAAUAUUUAAGUCGUGUUAACAAGUUUGACAACUGCAGUCGCGAAUGAUCGUAUUUCAAACGAGGCCAUUAUUUUAAUUUUCCGCACUUUGUCUUUAUAUUUUGGGAGGACACACAUUUGAGGCUAAUAUUGACAGCCUGACAGACGGUUCUGGUGCGGACGGACCCGGACGCCAUCACAUCAGACGUUGCGUCCCUCCUUAAAAAAAAAAUAAAAAAAAACAACCAUUGCGCUGUUGAGCUGUAAAUGUUGUUUUCUACUAGGAAUGCUUCAGUGACACAUCAGUCCUAUCGGGUAGUUUAGACGCAGCAUUCUCUCACACAUGACAUUAGCUGGAUGUUGUACAGCAGCAGAGACGUCUUGUCAAAAUGAACGCAGCAAGGUGUUCAACAACAGUGGAGGUGCAUCGCGUUGUUGGUAGAACGGUACCGAUGGCCGGCUAACGGUGACGUUACCACUUUGUUGAUAUCUCUUGUGUGAAGUUAAACUGUAUUUUGAUGAAAUAUUAUAAGCAGGAUUUCUGUAAAAAAAACAACUGCGGAUAACAGUGUAAGCUCUCGUGAGCUAGCCAGCUGGGUGCGCCUGUGUGCAGCUCUCUAUCUGCGAUGUGUUCGCUAAUCUAAGUGCUAACCGUGUUGUUCCGCAACAGUUUCUGCACAUUGGACAGCCCGUUUUGCUGAAUUUAAUCCAUAGCUAAAGCCGGUCUCGAUCGCUGUAGCAGCCGCUUACAAUCCCCGUCAGUACUUCUUGUCAAAUAUCUGGCUAACUUGGUAGCUAAGGCUCUAAGUUUUCAACAGCUAUGUCUGAAAACGCCCCCACACGAAGCCUGGACGACAUAGACCUCGCCGCUCUGAGGGAUCCAGCAGGGAUCUUUGAGCUGGUCGAGGUCGUCGGCAAUGGGACCUAUGGGCAGGUGUACAAGGGCCGUCACGUGAAGACGGGCCAGCUGGCUGCCAUCAAGGUGAUGGAUGUCACGGAGGAGGAAGAAGAGGAGAUCAAAGCUGAAAUCAACAUGCUGAAAAAAUACAGCCACCACCGCAACAUAGCCACGUACUACGGUGCCUUUGUCAAGAAGAGUCCACCAGGACACGAUGACCAACUUUGGCUGGUGAUGGAGUUCUGUGGGGCGGGAUCAGUGACCGACCUGGUGAAAAACACUAAGGGCAGCUCUCUAAAGGAGGACUGGAUCGCUUACAUCUGCAGAGAAAUCCUACGGGGCCUUUCUCAUCUCCACGCCCACAAAGUCAUCCACAGGGACAUCAAGGGCCAGAACGUGCUGCUAACGGAGAACGCAGAGGUCAAACUUGUUGAUUUCGGGGUGAGUGCUCAGUUGGACAGGACCGUCGGGCGUAGGAACACCUUCAUCGGCACGCCGUACUGGAUGGCGCCUGAGGUUAUUGCCUGUGACGAGAACCCCGACUCCACCUAUGACUACAGGAGUGAUAUCUGGUCCUUGGGGAUCACAGCCAUUGAGAUGGCAGAGGGAGCUCCUCCCUUGUGUGACAUGCACCCGAUGAGAGCCCUCUUCCUCAUUCCCAGGAAUCCCCCCCCAAAACUUAAAUCCAAAAAAUGGUCCAAGAAAUUCAUUGACUUCAUAGAGGGCUGUCUGGUGAAGACGUAUACCAGCCGACCAUCCACAGAGCAGCUUCUCAAGCACACCUUCAUCCGGGACCAGCCCACUGAGCGCCAGGUCCGAAUUCAGCUCAAAGACCAUAUCGACCGUACGCGCAAGAAAAGGGGAGAAAAGGAAGAAACAGAGUACGAGUACAGUGGUAGUGAUGAAGAGGAUGAAAAUCGUGGAGAUGACCGAGAGUCGAGUUCCAUCCUCAACGUGCCCGGUGAGUCCACCCUGAGGCGGGACUUCCAGCGUCUGCAGCAGGAGAACAAAGAGCGCUCGGAGGCUCACAAGAGGCAGCAGGCUCAGCUGGCUGCUCAGCGUCGGGAUCCUGAGGAGCACAAGAGGCAACUGUUGCACGACCGACAGAAACGCAUCGAGGAGCAGAAAGAACAGCGUCGCCGACUCGAAGAGCAACAGAGAAAGGAGCGAGACAUGGUGAGGCAGCAAGAUAAAGGUCCCCACCGGAGGCUCGACGAUAUGAGACGGGAGGAAGAUAGAAGGUUGGCUGAGAGGGAGCAGGAGUUUAUCAGACAUAAGUUAGAAGAAGAGCAGCGGCAGUUAGAAAUCCUUCAGCAGCAGUUGCUUCAGGAGCAAGCACUGCUUAUGGCGAGGAGACCUGUGCCUACAACUCACAGUGUAAAAGAGUAUAAGCGCAAGCAGCUAGAGGAACAGCGUCAGUCAGAGCGACUGCAGAGGCAGCUGCAGCAGGAGCAUGCCUACCUGGUGUCUCUGCAACAACAGCAGCAAGAAAAGAAGCCCCAGCUCUACCACUACAACAAAAACCUGGAGCCCAACAACAAACCCACUUGGGCCCGUGAGGUGGAGGAGCGAAGUAAGCUCAACAGACAGGGCUCACCCAAAAUCUGCACCACUGUCUCCGACAAUGCCCUCCAGUCUCGCUCUGACUCAAUCAGCCAGUCGGGAAUGGUCCAGUCUUCUCAGACCCCACCAAUGCAGAGGCCUGUUGAACCCCAAGGGGGGCAGGGAAAGUUCCAGAUGGCUCACUUGGUUCCACUGAAGCCUUAUGCCGCCCCUGUCCCUCGUUCCCAGUCCCUCUGUGACCAGCCCACUAAGACCAUGUCCGCAUUCCCCACCCAGGAUCCCUCCCUUACUCCCUCACCCCGUCCCAUCCACUCUAGAGAGCUGGUGCGACAAAACUCUGACCCGACUUCUGAAACCCCGGCACCACAGGCACACCAAAUCGAGGAUCGCGGCCCCUGGAUCCGCCUGCCAGAUGUGGAACUCCCACCCAAGAUUCCACAAAGGACGGCGUCUAUUGCCACAGCUCUCAACACCAACCUGACCUCUGGCAUCAGGCAUCCAGUGCGAGCCAGCAAUCCAGAUCUCAGUCGCAAUGAUCGCUGGGAGAGAGGAGACAGUAUGAGCAUCAUAUCCAAUCUUCCCCAGACUGGCUCUCUAGAGAGGCAUCGCAUCCUCAGUUCCUCCAAAAUGGAUUCGCCCAUGCUCUCCCAUGAUAGCCGUCAUAAGCCGGGGGAGUCUCGCACCUCCUCCCGCCCUGGGCGCCCUGCAAGUUACAAGAGAGCUAUAGGGGAGGACCAUGGCCUCUUUGCCAAGGAGCGUGCAGAGGAGCAGCCAAGGCCCCCAGUCAAGGCCAAUGAUUACUCCUCCUCAUCGGAGAGCAGCGAGAGUAGUGAAGAGAGCGAGAGUGGCGAGGGAGCAGAGGAGGAAGAAAGCCCCACAGAUCGUCACAGGGACGCAGACACUGAUUCAGUCAACACCAUGGUGGUUCAUGAAGACGAAGGCGAGGGGGGAGAAGGAGAGCAAGCCGGAGGCUACGGGGAUCAGACCAUGCUGGUGCAGAGGACCCCAGAGAAGCGGAGCCAUAACGGAUACACUAACUUGCCAGAUGUGGUUCAGCCCUCCCACUCCCCCACAGAUUCAGCCACUCACUCCUCCCCUGGGAAGGACUCUGUUUAUGAUUAUCAGUCCAGAGGUUUGGUUAAAGCAUCUGGCAAGUCCUCCUUCACCACCUUUGUGGAUCUGGGCAUGUACCAGUCCCCAGGAGGUACAGGGGAUAACAUGUCUGUCACUGGCUCCAGGUUUGAGCAGCUGAAGAUGGAGGUGAGGAAAGGAUCCAUGGUGAACGUCAAUCCCACCAACACACGCCCCCCCAAUGACACACCUGAGAUCCGGAAGUACAAGAAGAGGUUCAACGCGGAGAUCCUGUGUGCUGCCCUCUGGGGUGUGAACCUGUUGGUGGGCACAGAGAACGGUUUGAAGCUGCUGGACCGCAGUGGUCAAGGCAAGGUUUACCCCCUCAUCAACUCCCGCAGGUUCCAGCAGAUGGACGUCCUGGAGGGCCUCAACCUGCUCAUCACCAUAUCAGGCAAGAAAAACAAGGUGCGUGUCUACUACCUGGCCUGGCUGAGGAACAAGAUCCUCCACAAUGACCCUGAGGUGGAGAAGAAGCAGGGCUGGACCACUGUGGGGGAGAUGGAGGGCUGCGUGCACUACAAAGUGGUGAAAUACGAGAGGAUAAAGUUCCUGGUGAUUGCUUUGAAGAAUGCGGUGGAAGUGUAUGCCUGGGCGCCCAAACCUUAUCACAAAUUCAUGGCCUUCAAGUCUUUUGCAGACCUGCCACACAGGCCCGUCCUGGUCGACCUGACCGUGGAGGAGGGUCAGAGGUUAAAGGUCAUUUACGGUUCAUGCGCUGGCUUCCACGCCAUCGACGUGGACUCCGGGAACAACUAUGACAUUUACAUCCCCGUUCAUAUUCAGAGCCAUGUGACACCGCACGCAAUCGUGUUCCUGCCCAGCUCAGACGGCAUGGAGAUGCUGCUGUGCUACGAAGACGAGGGGGUCUACGUCAACACCUACGGGCGCAUCAUCAAGGACGUGGUCCUGCAGUGGGGCGAGAUGCCCACAUCUGUUGCUCAUAUCUGCUCAAAUCAGAUCAUGGGAUGGGGAGAGAAGGCCAUUGAGAUCCGUUCCGUGGAGACCGGCCACCUGGACGGUGUCUUCAUGCACAAACGAGCUCAGAGGCUGAAGUUCCUUUGUGAGCGAAAUGACAAGGUGUUCUUUGCAUCAGUGCGGUCUGGAGGCAGCAGCCAGGUGUACUUCAUGACGCUGAACAGAAACUGCAUCAUGAACUGGUGAAGGAGCAGCUGCUCUGGUCAGUGUGUGUGGAACCCAGCGGGGUUCGGAGAAGGAAGGGCAACCCAAAUUCUCACAACCACAUGCACACAACUGCAAACACCUUCCUCCCUUUCUCUUCAGCUCCCUCUCUCUCACACGCGCUCAUGCGGCACACACACACACGAACAACCCAUUCCAGCCUACACGUACACUCCUUAAGACACACUUUCCACAGAGCCCCCACCCCCCCGAUAACAUUCUCCCUGGAAUCAUCGUGAAAAAUCCAUACCAUCUAAUACCAUCUGAAUAAUACCAUCCGAUUUGUUCUGUAAAUAUUCUUGUCUUGAGCUGCUUUACUUGGUGGACCCGUGUUCUGUCGUGACUACUUAGUUCCUCAUUGUGAAGUAUGUUAAAAAGAAACAUUCCUCGAUGGUUCUCCAGUACGUUUAAGAAGAAGGCAUUAUUUAACAAUACUGUAUGUUGAAAUUAAGCUGUAAAUAGGUAGCACCUUACUCUUAGAUCUGAAUCAUUUGCAGGCCUCUUAUAUCGCCUCCAGUCGGUGUGUUGCCGCCGGACACGUGGACGUCGAAUAAUAAAAAAAAAAUGCUGGAACGCCCAUCUGCUGUGGCUUUCGGACCCCCGUUGUUAUGGGGCUCUGAUGAGGUUUAAAGGAAGUAUUUAGUACAGAAAAAUAUAUUACAAAGGGACAUUAAAGUGGGGACAAAGUAGCUCAUUGAAGUAUUUUUAGUUCUGUAUAGUAGACGGUAACCUGAAGUCCGGCUUUCACUAACUUUUUCUGACCUGAAUGGCAAAUGAUGUUGCAACUCUUAAUCACAUUAAGUAAGCCUUGAACGCUUCAAAAGCAAACUAGAUUUCAAUGAAUAACUUGAUCAAACCAAUCAGAAGUCACAUACAUGUGCAGUACUCACAAUCAGGAAUGUGAAAUCUCCUGCUUUGCCUUUUUUUCUUCUUCUAUGGUUUAGGUGAAGCCCUUCAUUAUUUGACUCAUCAGGCUUUUAUCUAAACUUUGUUUUGUUUUCAUAGAUUUACAUAAUACAAAAAUGUGUUAUUUAUAUGUAGUGAUUCUGUAUUGGUAUUAGCCUACUGGUAAUCUUACUUUUACUGUAAUUAUAUUGCCAUUAUAUUGCAAUAUAUGCUAAUCUGUGGAGUCUUUGUUUGAAGAGGGGAGUCUGUGGACUUGGCUGGGCGUGUCAGAGAGGGAUAUUUGUCGGUAAAAGAGGACGUUGGAGGAACGUGAAAAGAGGGCGUCGCUGAGAUCACAGUGAUUAAGGGAGAUCAUUUCCGUGGUCCUUUCACCCUCCUACCACAGUGAUCUACCCUACUGUAUCAUAUUUCAGUUCUAAGACUAUUUAGUUAGUGUGGAUCUCUUGUGUUUGCAGAGAACAGCUUGGUGUGGUGCAGUUAAUUUCUUUGUCUUGGGGCCAGUGGAAAGAUUUAAAGUAGGGUGACUCUGCAAUACCACAGAGGACUCCAUCUCAUCAGGCACUUUGGAGAAGACUGGUGGAACACUUGAGACUUAAUAUAUUUUAUAUCUGUACAUUCUGCCAAAGUUCACCGCAUAUUCUGCAGCGGGUGCAGUAAGCCAGGGCAAACGGAGCUCGGCUAAAAUAGCGAGGAUAAAGAUUUGUGUAGAAACUCUUCCUACAGAUCACUAACCGAUGUUCCUUUCUGUAUAUACAGCUAAAAAUGGCAGCUGCCUUCUCACUAAUAUUAUGGUAUCAUGCUUAAUGAGCUGCUUUGGAUCUCCUUAUAGCUCUUGACUUUGUGUCUGCACAAGGGAGAUUCUGUGUGCUCUCAUACACCGGGCAGUACGGUAGAAGUACAAGGCAGCGUCAUCAGGAAGUAGAGUGCUGAUUUUCCUGUCAGCAGUGGGGUUGGUCCACACAUGAAUCACGCUUUUUGAUCAGUGAUUCACACGGUGUUACACCACCACCGUGCUUCCACAGCACUUUGGUAUCAACAGGGUGGACAUUUUAAAAGUCACUCCUAUCAUCAGCAUGGAGUUGUUUGGAAAAUGUCUACAUUUUUCAACAAGUUGGUUCAUCUGCUUAUAAAUAGAAGCGGACAUGUUGAUGUUAAAAGAACAAAACUGUCAUUUCUUUGUUAAACCGCCAGUAGAAAAAGCUUUUGGUUAUUCGAAAGAGGAACCUCGGCUAGUGAUCAUAUAUUUCAUACAGACAAAAAUAAAGCUAUAGAGAAUGCAGUACAUGGUCAAAACAGAGGGCGUUUAAUCAAAGAGUAUAUACAUAGAUGGCUACUUUUGUGGUGAGAUUAUAAAACAAACUAUAAAUGGGCAUGGAAAGCACUUUCACUUCAGUAAACGUGUAUCUCGAGCAGAUAGUGUGCAUGUAAGCCAUGGAAGUAGAGUAUAUAGUACUGUAUCAAAGUUGUUUUCCCCUUUUUAGCGAAUGUGUUUUCUUGAGUGUCUGGUAUGUGCCAUGACUUUCAGUUCUAAUGCCACAAUUACAAUCCACCAGGAGCUCUGGCACUUCUGCUUUUUAUGGUCAAAUCAUCAUUUUUUUUUAUCAAUCUGCCAUGUUUACAGUUAAAGCAGUGCCUUGGAGUUUGGAAGGUGAGCGAUGUAAGGAUUGGUUAUGAGCCCCCACCACAACCACACACACACGCGUCUUACUUGAAAUCUCACAUUGAAGAGGCACAAAUAUAUUUGCUCCUUUGAUAUGAUUUGUGCCACUGAAGUCUAAUCCCUAAUAUCCCGUUGACGGACUUGAAAUGCCUUUUUUGGCACCACGUAUAUAUAUGACCUAAAAAUGAUUUUCCGACAAUAAUCCAUUCACAAAGUUGCAAUAACAAUUAAAUUGCCACGUGUCCAAUUAAUCAAGUGUAACAUGUGAAGGAUCUGCUCACAGCGGGAGCCAGCAUAGUGAAAAGCCAUACGUAUGAAACGCGUUUGUAGAGAAAACUUAGUACUUGUGUCCGAUUUUAACUCUGCGUGUGACGUCUGCUCAGAAAAUGUAGGUUCUUGCAGCAAAGAUGAGAUGAGCUCUUAUUCUUGAAUGAUGUUGAUUGCGUAAUCUUGUAGUGGGGGGGGGGGGAAAGUAGCUUGAUAUAUUCUGAAAGGCCUAUUUUAUAAAAUGUGUAAAUUAGUCUAUAUUGAGAAAUCAAAGUGAAUGUACAUCUAUAAGACAGAUUUGUAUUUAUAUGAACAUGUGUACUGCUCUAAUAAUCAAAGCACAAUGUAUUUUAAGGCAGAUAUCAAAGCUAUAAUUGAGUGCAACGGAGAGACGGAGGUUUUUUUUUUUUUUUUUUCCUUUUUCAUUCACUCGGCAGUCGUCAAACUCGUCAGUAUGUAGUCAGUAUGUAAUCAGUCUAAGUAGUUGGUGAUAGUGAAACGAGUCGUCCGCUGAGACAGCUGUGUGUGUGUGUGUAGACUGUCAAUUACUGCAGCAUGUCUGUUGAGUUAUGUAGACGUAAAAAAAAGAUAACGUCCGUCUUCUUGUUACCAGAGGAGUCCGCUGUGGCUGUGACGCUCGCGGUGACUCACAGAUUGGCCUCGUGUGUAAUUUGCCUUGGUGAAGGUGACGGGCUGUAAAUAUGCUCAGGUGACGACGGGAAACGGCACACAGGUGGUGCGGUGGGGAUGUGAGGUUAUUGACUCUUGGCAGCAUUUAGGAAGUGAAAAGAUCAUCCAUCAAUUAGUGAUAUUAACACAUUACAGAGGAAGACAAUUAGUCAAUUAUCAUUUCUUGACUACUUUAAUUUUGUAUGCAUUUCCUGCUGAUUUUACACACCAGUCUGUUUACAGGUGUCGGGGAGUACGACUGCACAUGUGGACAUUUGUUUUUGAGGUUUGGAUUUAGAAGGAAGUGAAUUUACCAGACCUCGCUAGCUCGCUCCUCAUCUGCUACUUGUAACAGAAUCUCUCACCAAACUGUUGGCAGUUGCAGUGCAUUGUGGGUAAUGUAGGCAUUCGAUUUUCACAUGGAAUAAAAAUGUUUUGCAUGGAUUUAUAAAGUUCAAUUAGUGUUUCUAAUUCAGAAGUGGAGCCCCAAACACUGAAUACAGAGCGAUGGGCAGACAUUUCCUCUACCAAAAUGUUUGCAACGUCUCAGGUGUUGCCUGGCAACGGCAGUCAGUGCACUUACUGCCAAUGCCACUGAAACAGACUGGUGUGUGUGUAAAACCAGUGGAGAGCUCCUCUCAACACACACAUACUCACGUUGCCUAAUAUAAAGUUUAUUUGGAAUACUUUAGUGUAUUUCUACCUCGGUUUUUUUGCAGUUGAAUAUGAUUGUUUUAAAGAUGAAGCAUAAUACCAUAGCGACAUAUUCAUUUAAUCUUCUUUAUUGUCUGAUUUGUGUUGACUGUUGUUUUUCUGGAUAGCAUUUUGAUUAAAUAAUUUGACUUAGUAAAAACGGACUUGUUUAUUUUAUGAAGACCUUUUCAUGUUGCCAAUAAACAAAAGAUCUCUCAAAACGAGCUCCUGCUCAAACUCUUGUGGCUCAGCAAUGUUGUACACGUGUGAUGAACAUGGACGAGUAGUUUAUGGGUGAGCUAAUACAGACUGUCAAUUAGGUUGAGGCGGUCACUUCAAAUAUUAAGCUUUUUAAAUUGUAUGCAGCAGAAAUUCUUAUAAUAGGUUUGCAUUUUGUAACAGUUCUUGUAACAAGAAGAUGUGAAAGUUAUAUUCAAUUCGUGCCAAGAGCCAUUAAAAGAACCUCACUACAAGUUAGUUUCAGGACAGAUUUCAUUGCUGAAUUCAUGUAACAGCCAAGACGCAUACACUUUGUCAUCACAAAGAAAGGAGUUGUAGGUCAGAGCGCUGAACAUGUAGAACAUCGUCCUGAGAGACAUUUCUUUCUUUUAAUAUUAAGCAAUACAAGCAUUUGAACAAAUCCAACCCAUGGCUGUUCAUCUCCGUGUGGCCUACAGGAAGUGACUCUUCAGCGGCCUUUGGCAGACUGAAUGUAGGCUGGUUUUUGUGUCUCUUUACUUUAGUUCAUAAUCGCAAAGAAUAACUGCUUCUCCCCGUCAGUUUAACACAAUCACCUGUUGGGAUGCUUGUUCUUGCUUCACUAUAGUGAAAUCCCAGGAACUGCCUUUAGUGAACUCUGAAGUAAUGGAUAGUUAAUCUUGUGAUGAGGCACUCCUCUCUCUCAUAGCUUCUAUUUCUUAUCCAUAACGUGUGAAUGGAUUAGCAGCUGUAGCUGAGAGCGAGGCAGAUCACACUUGAGCUCUAAAACGAUGUGGAUCUUUGGACAGAACUUCAACAUCUAUUAUUCUUUUUCAAUAACAUUUUUUUUUUUUUUUUUUAAGACGGUAAACAUGUUUGCAAUGUUUUAGUGUAUGUGUGCGCGUGUCUGUUACUUGUGAGAGGUUAACUAACUCCAGAUUGUAUUUCAUAGGCUGAUAAAACUUUAAACUUUCAAAAGAUUGUGUGUUGAAUGAAUUCAUGUCUUAAUACAGAAUUGUUUGAAAAAUAAAAUACCUUAAUCUCAUUA